AGGCGGCCGACACACCCCAGUGUCAAAAUUGCUGAGCGUGGACGUCCUUCGCAUGCAGACGUUAGAAUCGUAAGGAUCGCCCUCCAUUACCGCCACAUCUCUUUCGGCAUUCGCAAUGACAUGCACUCUUUGUGGACACCGUUGAAUUACGGCUCCGCAGUGCUAAACACCCUCGCUAUCCUCCGGCGUUCGCCGUAGGUUUACCGGUUAGAGAGACAAGAGAAGAGCCGACAAAAGAACAGCUACUGAAAGUUUCCGACUGUUACCGCUACCUGGUGCCGAGUGCGUAAAGAACCGAUCUUCAACGAUAUGGGCGUGGCACGGUGCCGCAAACUGCUGCUGUUCGUGGCGGCAGUCAGCUGUGGCCGUGCGUACGACGUGGAGAAAGUGACCCGUCUGGGACGAGUCGGAGGAAACCGGCUGGAUCUGCUGGGACAGAAGGUGGAAGAGUACCGCGGCAUUCCAUUCGCGCAACCACCCGUAGGCCGGCUACGAUUCCUUCCACCCCAGCCAGCCAAGCCGUGGGAUGGAAUCCUGGACGCAACGAGCAGGCGGACGGCUUGCCCGCAGGUCGUGUUCAGCGAAUUCAUGGCUGGUGAGAUCGAAUACACCGAAGAUUGCUUGCAUCUGAACGUUUGGAGUCCUGCUGGUCGCGACGGCGAUGUAGCUCCAGUAGUGGUGUGGAUUCACGGAGGCGGCUUCACUCAGGGAUGCGCGAGCUACGACAACUACACCGGGGCUCCGCUUGCUGCCAAGACCGGCCUAGUUGUCGUCUCAAUGAAUUACCGUCUGGGAAUCCUGGGUUUCCUUGACGCGAACAGCCCUGAAGCACCUGGCAACAUGGGUCUUAUGGAUCAGAGUCUGGCUCUCAAGUGGAUCCAGGAGAAUAUCCGUGACUUCGGUGGUGACCCGUCAAGAGUGACUAUAUUAGGAGAGAGCGCUGGAGGAAUGAGUGUCCAUGCGCAUGUACUGUCUCCCGUGAGUCGUGGCCUAUUCCAGAGGGCGUACAUGAUGAGCGGAACACUGCACACCUUGGACUUCUUUGAUGCCACCCAUGAGAGCAUUAGCAAGGGCAACACGGUUGCAUCCGUUGUAGGUUGUUCAGGUGGGGACCGAAGCCUGGGAUCUAACGCUGAAGCCGUGAUCGACUGCCUCAGAACAAAAAGCGCCAACGAACUGGUGCUCGCCGCAGCCGAAUCUCUUGCGCCCAAGAUAUUUCUAUUUUUGCCAACCUACCACAACGAAUUCCUGCCCAAGGUACCCACUGUCGCAAUCAGCAAGGGGUUCUUCCAUACCGUCGACAUCGUCCUAGGAGUCACCGAGGACGAAGGGGUGCUUUCUCUCAUUUAUCCUCUUAGAAGCGAGCUGCUUCCUGAUGACGUGGAAGGCCUUGACGAGAAGAUAUUUAAGCACUCUCUGCAUGAAGGCGUAUUCUCGUGGCUCAAGAUGGACUUUCCGGAAAUGUUGGAGAAGUACACAGCAGAGGCCCAGGACAAAUCGUCCUUGAGGCGCGGCUACGUUGACUACAUUUCCGACUCGGUUUUCGUCUGUCCCAUGCACUUCACCGCAGAAAAGCACGCGGACCGUGGUCAGACCGUUUAUUCGUACGUCUUUGGUCACAAGUCAGCUAAAAACCCGCUUCCUGCCUGGAUGGGGACUCCGCAUGCAUUUGACAUAAACUACAUCUUCGGAGUCCCCCUUGUCAAUCAAGAACGGUUCGAUGAUGAAGAUGCUGCUGUAUCAGAAGUUGUGGUGACGGUGUUGAAGACAUUCGCUGCAAAUGGGGUGCCAGAACUACCUAUGAAGAAACCAUGGCCUAAGUACACCGCCGACAGUCCGGUUUCCGUCUACUUCGACUACGAAAACAUCACGGACAUCAAGGGAUUUCGCGAAGAGCAGUGCGGGCCAUGGAGAGCUUACCUGUAGGGUUGCGAAGAAUUACAAUAGCGUCCGCACAGCGUUCUCUUUUUGCAUCAAGGGAGCUUGUUUACUACAUCAUAAUAUUUGGAGGCACAAAGGAACGAGGACAAGAAAUGACAGGACUGAUGCCAAACUAACAACUGUUUUAUGGGAAAGAACACUGCGUGAUUGUCAAUGUGACUCGCGCAUGCGCGUGAAGCUACCUGGAAUGCAGUGUUCUUUCCAAUAAAACAGUUGUUAGUUUGGCACCAGUCCUGUCAUUUCUUGUCCUCGUUCCUUUGUGCCUCCAAAUAUUUUGUCAGACCAUGCACCAACUAUCCCAAGAACGCGUUUUAGUUACUACAUCAUGUUGAAUGCGUGCAGAAACUCUAUCUGAUCAAAGCACACCUUUUUUAUUCUUCCUUUAGCUAUUAUUAUUCAUUGCAUUUCACGUACGACAUGCAACUUGUUAUUUCGCGCAACUGCUGCUACCGUUCAAAGCCAUGGACGAAAACUGAUACACAUUGUGUGAAAAUAAAUCAGAAUUGUAGUGUUCCGCAAAUUUUUCGCGCCUAAAUUGCAAAAGAGCGUCGAAUGCAUACAACCAGACACCAAGCAGCGAGAAACAAAAUCAUCAAAGGUGGAAACUUUUCUACACAGCACUGUUACACUUUUUGAGCGUACAGGGAUCACAGGAAAUUGUUCUAUUGGUUAAAAUUUGUCCGGAUGAUGUUUAAGCAUACCAUUGGAAUGCUGGGCGACCUUUUACGGUGAAAUUUUUAGCACUCUUGGUUGUAAGACCUGCCUAUCAGCGGUGGUCUCCAUUAGUAUGUUUAGUUGUGUAUGCUGUUUGGCAACCUUUCCAAUGAAAAAAGACCUGCCUAGCAUGCCGAGCCGAGCCUGCCGAGCCGAAUGCUCGACCGGCAAUCUUUGUGUUGUGAAGAGGUUCAGGCGUGCGCGUUUAUUUACAGCGGCGCUGCUCAAUAUCUCGUGUUUCCCUGCGUUAAUUGAGCUGCUCCUGGUCAUUGUGGGAGCGUCGCCAUUCAUUCGUACAGUUAUUCAGCUCACGUUUUCGAGAAAGAGAGAAAGUACUUUAUGAAAUGCAGAGAAUACAAUCGGCGUAUAGAUGCCGCCGACAUGCUACUCUGUAAGGGUAAGGGGACUGAAGACAGAAAGGCCCUAAGCGUA